AUGGGCAUGUACGACUUUCCAGCCGUCGUCGACUUUGUCCUGAACAAAACGGGACGCGCCAAAUUAGACGUGGUGGGAUUCUCAUUGGGUGCCACCAUAUCUUUGAUCGGACUCUCCGAAAGACCCGCCUACAACGCCAAAAUCGACAAACUGGUGUUGAUGGCGCCCGCCGCCAGAAUGACUGCUUACGGUUACCCACUAAUCGCAUUCUCUCGAAGUUCCAUUUUGUUCAAGGUAUUAGUAAUUAUACAAAAUAUAGUUUGUAUAAAUAAGUGAUGGGCAUAUCCGGAUUAUUAGACUAAUUUUGUUAGUUAUCGUUAUUAUUUAAUCCUAAUCCCUAUGUUGUACUGUAGUAAAAUAUAGCUCACAUAGUCAAAUUAGUACAUUACGUCAUAUACGCAGUUAAUUCGUUUUAUAACAAGCAAUUUUAUAGUUGACAUUUAUGCCAUUACUUAUUACGGAGCCUAAAAUACUGUUCCUUGCUUAUAAAUGUGUAUCCCAAGUUUUAUAACGUAUUUUUAGUUUAAAAUGUAGAAAUAACAAACAAUUUGGAAUUUAAACACAAAUGAAUCUUGUUUAUCUCAAUAAAAAUUGAUAACAACACCCUUAUGUCAUCAAUAUUAUACAAAUAUACUAUAAACUUUAACCACGGUCGAAGAUAAUAAAUAUUAUAAAACCAAGAUGUACUAGCUUUAAUUGUGAAUAUAGGUAACGAAUAUACCUUGUUUCUAUAAAUGUAGUAUGUACUAUAGGUAAGUAAGUUGCCUCUAAUUUGUGAUAACACCUUAUUAUAGUUAGAGGCCAUGGGGGCGAUCGUCCCUCUGGACUUUUUUUUUUUUUUUUGUUAACUGUUAUGUAUGUUCUGUAUGUAAGCAACGACAAACCAUUGCUGACGAAAGGAGUUCAGUUAAUAGUGAUUCUUUAUCAACUAUAUAUUAUAUGUCAUAUUAUGGUAAAAUAAUUAAAUAGGAAUUAUAUAUUUUCUUUAAUAAUAUUUGGUUAAUAUUGUACCGAUUUUUCUGUUUUUCCCAGGUUUUCACAUUUAUUUGCCGGGAAAACAAAAAUGAUCUCCCUAAAGUACCUGCCCAGUCAAAUUUUAUUUCAGAAAAAGUGUUACCAUUGUAAAUCGGACUAUCGGAGCAAAAUUACUAAUAGAAAAGUCGGUCACAAAAAAAAAAAUCGUAAUAUUUUACUAAUAUAAGCGUUUUGAAAUCAAAUUUAAACGAAAAUCCCAAAAAAAAUUACGGCACUUCAAAUUAUAUAUUACCCAACUGCGCCCGGAAUAGUCUUUCGUCAAGCAAUGGUUUAUCAUUGCUUACAGAUAUAAAUUAAAUAAUUGUAUGUAUCCUACCUUCCCGACUUCUCACCUACAACAGUGGCCACUCCCAUCCCCAGUAUCAAUUCUUUUUUUUUUUUGCUAUCGAAACGUUUCAAAAGUUACAAUUGAAUUAAGAAGUAUGUCCUCUGAAAUCAGAUGCGUUUUAGGUCAAGACUCAUUAGAUAUCACUUUAAGUUGUAUGAUACUGUUCGUUAAGGAAAUAUGGUGAUCUAGUCAAAUAAAAAAUCAAAUCAGGAUAUAAAGUUCGAAAAACUCGGAUUUUAAUAUUCGGGUAGUCGGUUGAUUCGGAUAAUCGGAUUUCAUGCCUGUCUCUAGUAUAAAUACACAUGUAGGCCUAAUAACAUAACCAAAUUAAAUUCCCCACUACAUCCUGUAUGUUGUGAACAGUUGCCGCUCGUGGUAUAGAUAGAAAACUUUGAUCCGUAUACGAGGUGUAUCUAGUAUUACAAAGAACAUUCACGGGCCCUUGGUCGAUUUUUUUUAAAUAUGUAUUUAGACCUUAACAAACUUAAAUUAAUGAUUUAUUAACAAAAAAGAAUGAUUCAAAUGUCGUAUACGUUUAUAUACUGUUAUAUUUAUAUUAAAAAAAAAAAAAUCAAAUCAAAUUACCAAGUAUUUAAUCGUUAGAGUUAUAAAAUAUAAACAUUUUUGAGAGAAAAGUAUCUUAUAAAUAAAAUAUUCGUCUACUUAAAAUCCGAUUUAUAUACAAUAGGUUUCUAUACAUAUUAUGUUUAUAUUUUGACUUCGAAAUAAUCUAAAUGCCUAAGAAUUUUAAAAGUAUUCUAUCAAUCAAUAUAUUUAUAGUAAAUUUAGAUUUCUGCGUAUAAUAUAAUUAUACUAUAAUAUAGUAGGUUACCGAAUUAUUUCCAAAUUGUAAAUAGAAUUAUAAAACGUUGUCAAAAAUUGUUUAAAAAAAUAUCCGGAAUUAUUCACGGUCACAAAAUUAGCUUCCCUAACUUGCUUUUUUUUUAUAGUACACCAUGAAAGAACAAAGUUUUUUCCCGGUAUUUCAAGAUCCAGAUGGUACCCUUCGUUUUCUCAGAUGGUUGUGUACAUACCGAAUUUAUUAUCCAGUUUGCUCAUUGUAUAUUAACUUAGCACAAGGCAUUCUAGGUAAUCACAACAAAGUAAGUAAUAAGAGUAUAUUAUUUUGUAUAUUAUUUAAUUUUAAAUAGGUACUUCACAAUCCUGCAUUUUUUCAAACAAAUCUAUCUUGAUACCUCUAAUAACACAGGUUCACGAUUGCUUAUUAAUAGUUGUCUCAAUAAAUAAUUUAAUUUUUUGAAAAUUGUUAUGUGUACCUAAGCAUCUUGAAUAUUGGACUAAUCGUUUAUUAUUUAUUGCCUUUUACAAUUUAAUAUUUUAAUAACAAGUAAACAUUGUAGUCUGUAGAGACGUAAAGUACUUCACUACUCAAACCAGGGUGGUAAAAAUAUACUAACCAAACUGUGCAUACUUAUAAAUAAUAAUCAACUAUAAAAUCAAUUUUAUAUCUUUACAAAACUAAUGUCAAAAUAUUACUUUCCAUCAGUAUAUAAAAUUAAAAAUAUGAUUUUCUAGUAGAACACAUUUUACUAUAGUAAAGUACUACAAUAUGAGGGCGGUAUAACGAGUUUUAACGAUUGUUUUCGAUUAAAAAUUAGGGGUUCCGGCUUAUUUUAGGUUAAUUCCUGUGAAUUAGAUUAUUUUUUAUUGUGAACAUAAGUUUGGAAUUGGUACUUGGUGCUAAACAAUUAUAUUAAUACCUUAUCACUCAACACCAAGUAUUUAUAAUUUAAAUACCAAUAAAUUAUGUAAACCUUUUGUACCUAUGUGAAUAAUAUUUUUUAAAAUAAUAAUAUAAUUUAAUAUUAUAAUAAUACCAUAUUAUGAAAUAUUUAGGAUACUGUGAUUAGUGCUAUGGCGGAUUUCCCUCAACCCAUGUCUAAAAAAUUACUUCUUCAUUUGCUUCAAUCACUAUCCUCAAGUAAGUUCAAACUAAAAAUAAAUUAAUAUUUAAUACCUAUUUUUUAAAUAUUAAAUCAUAUUUAUAAUUCAUUUAAAAUCAACCAGCAAAACAACAGUGGAAAAAGCACAUACAAAUAUUUAUUUUAUAAAUACUCUAAACACUAUAUUUUUAUAUAAACUUAUAAAUAAGUUAGAUACGUGAAGCCCUUCUACUUUAAUUACUUAAAUAUUUUUUAAGUUCUUACCUUUUCAUGGUUUUUUAAUUUUUAAGAGCUUUUGUGUUGAUUAAAGUGCAAUAAGUCCCGAAUCCUGUUCAAAAUACAUAUUUAAUUUUUUUUUUUCAUUAUUUAUUUCCUGUUUAUUUACGUUAAUAUCUCAGUAAUGAAUAUUAUAAUUUGUAUAAAACAAAUUUAAAACUUAUUUUCAUGUUAUUAUACAAUAAAUAGUAGUUACUAAAAUAAAGUCUAAAAUUCAAUUUUAACUAAUAAUUAACUUUGUUUAUUUAUAGAAAAGUUUUGUAAGUUUGAUUACGGUAUGAAGGUUAAUAUGCAAUACUACAACAUGAAAACACCGCCAGAAUAUAAUUUAUCGAAAGUUACCGCCCCGACUUUCAUUUUGCAUUCUAAGAACGAUAAAUUAUGUGCUCCAAAGGUAAUUUAUUUUUAUAAAUACAUAGAGAAUAUUAUAAUCAAUAUAUUUUUUUUUUAAUUUAUAAGAUCAGGACAAUAUAAAUCGACGCUAGACAUUGCAUCGGUUUAAUUUUUUGUCAAAUUAAAAAAUAUAAAAUAUUUUUAAUCAAACAAUAAGCGAUAUUAAAACUAAAAAUUAAAAACCUGUAAUUUUGUACACUGAUAAAAAUUUGUUGAACUAAAUUUGUAGUACUGCAAAAUGUCAUAAUCAAUUUUAUAUGCUUAUUAAUAUUAUAGGAUGUAAAGUGGUUGGUGGAUAAGCUACCAAAUGUAAAAGACAUUUACUACAUCGACAAAAUAAAAUUUGGUCAUCUGAGUUUUGUAAUGCACCCGAACAUUGAACUGCUCGUGAAUAACAGAAUUGAAAAUACGUUAUCAAGAAGUUGAUAAUAUUAUUAUUUGUAUUGAUAUUAUAAUAUAUUUUAUGCAUGAAUAAUGUAGAACUUACAAUACACAUUAAUCUGUAUAACUAUUUAAGAACCGUGUUUUAUUGAUUCCAAUUUUAUUUUAUCCAAAAAUUGAAAAAUCCAAUUUUGUCUUUGUAAUAAUUUAAUUCAUCUGUAAAGUAAAUAACAAGCAAACAAUGUAAACAAGUACCUACAUUUAUUUUUUUUGUUCAGGCAAACGUAAAACAAUCUUUACUUGACUAUCAUGAGUAAAUGGUAAAAAUUAUCAAAAUCUAGAAGGAAUCAUAAGCAAACUAAGUUCAUAAUCAACAUUUAAAUUUUAAAGUUAUUUUAGGUUUAUUAUAACGUAAUUAUUUCUUGUUUCCCGUAAAAAGAUACCAUAUUUCAAAAAUAUUUAUGUCAUGCCGAAUAUUAAAUUAUCCUAAUGUUAUGAUGAUACAUAACUAAGUUAAAAGUGGUGCAAUGAUAAUACUUUUGUUCUCUAUUAUAGGAAACAUUUUAAUGCGUAAUACAUUUAUAUUAAAUCCAUAAAAGUUACGAAAAUUUAGUAACAUUUUACGUAGUCGUUUUUACACGGAGAGUACUAAUUCAGUGAAAGUAAUUUUUCGCAAAAGUGCAUACAAACAAUCGAAAAAAAAUAAUGUUUAAGACAAACAAUAGCAUUUAGAUGUAAGCUCUAUUUAGAAUCGCUAUCCAAAUGUAAGACGCUAUUUGUGGAUUUUAACAUUUUAUACUAUACCCAUUCCUGAUUUACAAAAAAAAUGAUUUGAUCCCCCCCCCCCUUACGCUAUUACUAGCCCGUAUAUUCAUAAUAAUUACAUUACAAAUACAAUUUAAUUGAAAAAAUAGAAUAUUCUGGAGCUUCAGGGUUGAUAGUUUGAUACCAGUGACGUCAUUUAGACCGCGCAAGGUAUACAUUUAAACUCCAUAAUUUGACCUGGUGCUAUAAAAUUGGCCUAAAAUAAUAAAUAGUAGCUUUCCCAUUAUUAGAUUAGGAUACUAAUAAGUAAAACUUAUGCGUAUUAAAAAAAAUUGAAAUGACGCCACUGUUUGAUACCAGUUAAUGUCCCAACGUUUUCCUUUCCGUCUACUUCUAUACAAUAGUCUAUGUUGCAAAUUGCUACACCCUGCAAGUAUAGACUUAAAAGAUAUGAACUUAUCACUUUAUUGAUUACUACACCUUAUAUAAUUAAUUAGAAACUUUCUUUUUUUCUCCGAUUCAGAAACCAAGUUGAGGUCAUAAUUUUAAAUUGUGAGUAGAGCGAGGUUUUACAGUAAUGUUUAUUUUUUAUUUUUUUCUGUGGAGAACUUUUCUAUCAGCAAUUUCGCUCCAAUUGUUCAAUAAAGCACUUAUUAUGAAAGGAAAUCUGACUAGGCUGGUAUUUUAAGGAGGUCAUUUUUUGGUUUCCCAAAAGUUUUUAUAAUUAUUGGAAAAAACGUAGAAAAAUUGGGACAAUUUACAAAAAUACUUUUGUUAUUUCAUUUUUGAAAGAUGUUUAGACUUGACAUUUUAACAGAAACCUUAUAUUUACCUUAAAUAAACGAGGUAAAGUUUACAAAAUAUUUUAAACUUCAAACAGAAAUUUUAAUUUAGCAAGUUUUUUCGUAAUAUUUAAGUAUUCAGAAGAUGUUCUGUGAAAAUUGUAAGACCAAACAGAAAUGUUUGACAAUUGAACAGGAGGUUUAUUAUAAGUUGUACUUAUUGGUCAACAAGAAAAAGUUGAGUCUAAUGUGUAAUUUUUUUUUUAUAAGAAUUAUAUUUCGUUAGCAAAGAUUAAUCAUUGAAUACAGAUAAUACAGAUACAUUGAAUUCCUCCUAUAUCCUACCUUCCCAGCUUCUCACCUACAACAGUGGCCAACCCAUCGUGUGAAGUAUUUCCGUCUUUUUGUUAAUAAUUGGGUCAUUGUUACUAUAUUUUCGUCGUAUAACUCACCCAAUUUCUUCCAUAUUAUAUUUUAUAAUUCACUAUAAUUUUUACCUAUUUGGCGUUGUUUGAAAAAUAAAUACAUUGAAAAUAUGACGUUUAAAUGUAAUCAUAUCAUUAUACCGACGUGUAACCUACUAAUUUAUUUUUUAACUAACCAAAUGCUAGGUUAGAUCAUUAUUUAUGAGAUACACUAUAAUAUAUACAAGAAAAAAGAAUAUGCAAUGUUUGCGUGUCUGUAUAAUGAUUGCGUGCACUAUUUUCAGAAAAGUUCGAAAAAUGACGCAUAUCAAAACCAAUUUGAGUUGAACACUAAAAUUUAACCUCUAAUAACUAACGUUCUACAUUACAGUGAGGGAUACAAGAGGAAAGGGGAUGCCAAGGCGAUCGCCCGCGCCCACUCUUAGGCUAUGUUUUUCUUAUGUAAUUUAUAUAUUCCAUAAUUGUUCAUGUAAAAUUAUAUGAUUACUGUAUUAUUAUAAGCUAGACACGUUUGCCGGCAAUAGAAUUUCACAUAUUACAAGUUAGCCAUAAAUAAAAUAUCAUUGUUAUAAUUAUUUAAUAUCAGAUAGUAAAAACAAAAAAGUUCAUCAGCAAAUUAGGUAAGAUACUUGGUUAAACAAAAUUCUGCCUCCCUUGAACAACCCUGGAUCCAAUAACUUUAAUUUAAAAAAAAAAAGAGCUGAUACUGGGAAUGGGUACAGCCACUGUUGUUUGUGGGAAGUGAAUGAGAAUGGAAAAAAAUAGUUUUCUUUUUCAGCGUUAAAUUCUUUAAAGGUUAUAUUAUGUAAAGCCAAGUAAAGAUUAUUUAUAUUCGAAUAACUCAUACGUUAACAAAAGCGUAUAGAGUCUGUUUGGCAUAAAUUAUAAAUAAGUAUUCAAUUAUAGUUGGGAGACUUAGCGAAUGAAGCGAGAGUCUUUGUUUUUUAUUUAUGAGGUUUUAUAAUGCUACCAUAGGCAAAUAUGUACUUAGCUUACUUACACUCGAUAGUACCAUAUGCUUGUAAGACGUGGUAGACAGCUAAAGGAGAUGUGGAGAAGCUUCUUAUAUUUGAGAGGAAGGUGCUAAGAAAAAUAUACGGAACUGUGAAAAAUGAAUCAACUGAGGACUAUGAAAGGAGAAAAAUACCAUUUUGGAAUCCCUAUAUAAUUAACCAAAUAUUAAUUUUUUUUUGGAAUCCAACUAUCUAGAAUGGGAGGAUUAUGUAUGACAAGCGGAAAAGAGCAUAAUUCCUAAAGUACUGAUUAACCAACCAACUGGCAAACGUCCUAGAGGAAAACCUCGGCAACUAUGGCAAGAUAGAGUAAAUUCAGAUAUAAAAAGACGUACAUACUUAGCACGUGAGUGGGCUACUGUUGUUGAUGAAAAGUUUGCAAGGUAGAGGGAAAAUUCAAUGUAUAUCUGUACGCAACAAUUAACCAUUGAUAAUGAAAAACUAUUCUGAGCGGAGUUUGGUUAACAGUGUUGCUUUAUACAAAAAAUAUGUGUCAUAUUAUGGUAAAAUAAUUACAUAAUUUACAUUAUUAUAUAUUUUCUUUAAUAAUAUUUGUUUAAUAUUGUACUUAUUAUCCUAUUCUUCGGGUUUUCCCAUGUUUUUGCCCAAGUUUUUUUUCAUUUAAUGGGAAAACUCCUGGAAAAAUCAAAAAAUGACCUUCCUUAAGUACCACCCAAAUCAGAUUUCCUUUUAGAAAAAGUACAAUCAUUUUAAAUCAUCUUUGCACAAGUAAAUUUUCGGUCAUUCGCUCAAAUUAAUGACGGCUUAUUCUUAUUGUAACUAAACAUAAACUAAACAUAAUCCCAAUUAAAUGCGAGCUUAUUUUAAUAUUUUGCCUUUCUUUGGUUUCAUAAGUUAAUUAUUUUACCUACUAGUUACUACCUAACCUAUUGGUAAGUGCUUGGUUACUAAUUUUUGACGGUGCACAAAAAACAAGGCUGUAUUUUUUUUUGUAUUAUUAUUUUAGAACGUGUGCUCGUUAUGAUUUCCAAGGCGUAAAAUCAAAAAAUGAAUUAUCUAAAAUAACAACCUUCGUGUUCGAUUACCUAUCUAAAAAACAAAUGCUGGAUACCAUAUUUAAACACUUUUAGUAGAUAUCUCAACUCUCGAAAAGUAAUAAAAAAAAACCUCAUAACAUUAUAAAAAUGUGUAAGUACUUUAUGAAUACAAUUAACUUUAAACUUGUAACGUUUUACAUGCAGUUCAUCAAAUUGAUCGGUAUGAAUUUGUAUGGACGUUUAAUUUAUUUAAGUAUAAAUCAAUAUCUUCAUUAUAUACAUGCAUUGUUCGCAUGGUAAAAAUACGAAAAACGGAAGAAUGAAAACUACUGUUAUUAAAUAAACUAUAAAAACAUCGUUAAGUAUAGUUACCUACCACCUACUGAAAUAUAUAUUAUUUAUAACUAUAAAACGAAUAUUAUGUUCUGUACAUUUAUAAGUAUUUGAAAACUUAUUAGAACUUGAACAGUCACAUUAUAGUAAAAUAGUUGCUAAAUAUUUUAUAAUAAUAAAAAAAAUCAUUACAUCAUUGUGUGAGUAUUUAACAUUUAAUGAUUUAAAAAAUAAUUGAAAACAUAAAUUAAUUGUUUUUAUUUCUUCAUGGUAUAAAAUCUUAAUUAAAUAUCAUGCUUUUGCCCUUGGAUAUAACAUAUACUUUAUUCAUUCAAUUUCAAUUUUAAAUAUAUUAUAUUUUUAAAUAAACUUAAAUCAUUUGCUUAUAAACUUGUCAAUAUAUACAUAUGUACUAACUGAAAUAAGUUCUAUAAUUAUUUGUAUUUUUAUUGUUACUUUUUGAGAGUUCAAAUUAAUUUUAAAAAUGAUUAAUAUUUAUAAGAUAUACUUUUGGAUUAUUGUGGCAAUAUUAUACAGCACACAAUAUUUUGUGUCGUCAAAAGAAACGGUAAGUACAGCCUACAAAAAAUAUUCUAAAGAAUAUUAAAUUUAUUUCUAAAAAACCUUUUAAGUAUAUCAAAAUCAUAUAAGAUUAGGUAGUGUUUUAUUUAAAUUGUACAUAAGUAACCCAUAAUAGUUAAUUUUUUAUAUUUUAAAGUGGGAAAAAAUUAAAGCUAGUGGAUAUCCACUAAAGAUGUAUGAAUACAAAAGUGAAGACAAUUAUUUUCUGGGUAUGGAACGUAUACCAUACAGUAAAUAUGGUAAUAGAACUAUUGGUAAACCUGUGAUUUUGUUAUCCGGUAUGUUUGCUACAUCUAUUGUAUAUGUAUCUCAUGAAAAAUCACUCGGUGAGUAUUAAAGAAAAUUUGAUAUUAUUAUAUUUUGUUAUACUUAACCAGUAGCGGAUUUAAGGGGAGGGUGCACCGGGAAAUCACCCUCCCCCUAAGCUAUAAUUUCCUUAUCAGUGUUUCAAGAUUGAUGAGACUUUUUUUUUCUAUUAUAGCUUUUUAUCUAUAGUGAUAACGGCCGUCAUUCAUCUGGGCGAAUGACCCAAAAUUUACCCGAGUAAAGCAUAUAUCAUUUGGGUGAAAAUUAACUAAUCGUUUUGGGGCAGAUUUAUUAUUAUCUUUGUUGAAUAUAUCAUAAUCGAAAACUCAGAUUUAAAUUAGUUGUAAGUAAAUAUACAAAAAUUAGGAGUAUACAACAAUUUCUAUAAUAUUUACUAUAUAUGAUUAAAUCGUUUCGACCUAUAAGUUAGGUUACUGUUUUUUAUGUACUGACUACAUCUAAUAGAUUAAAUAUGAUUAGAAACAGAUAAUAAAUUAUGGCAUUUAUUUAGAUAAUAAACGCACUUUGAGCAAGGUUACAAUAUUUACUAUUUAGUCUUUUUGUCAUUCGCUGUCGAGGAGCUAACCUAACCAAUAUAAUUUCUUAUAAGUUAUAGUUAUAUAUUUUAACGAAAAUGAACGUAAAAUUCAAUUCUAUACAAAAUAACGAAUAUACAAUAAUUAAAACCUUUGAAUUAAGUAAAUCAAAUGUUUAAAAGAUAAUGCAGUAAGCAGUGGCGGUUUUGGUUGUAUUUUUUAGUGAGGCAACUUAUUUAUCACUCUCCCUCCCUUCAUAACAAAAAUUAAACUUCACAAUAAUAGAAUUUGAAAACAUAAAAAUAAUUAUAAUUAUAAUAAUAAUAUACUUGUUUCGUAUAUUAUACCCAACGGCCAACAGUGUUCCAAACCAACUUAAUUUUAUCCAAUAACAAACACGGAUACCAGAACAAAUUUUAUGUAUAAUGACUUUCACGUAACCAAGAGUGUUGUUGAUAAACAUUUGUAUUAAAUGACCUAUAGAAUACUUUACUUAGUUUUUUGUCAGGAGCCAAAACUGACAAAAUCGGAAUAGCCCUACCUACUUUUAGUAAAUCAUUUUUACUACGAGAAUUCCAACGUCGAAAUGGCGUUUCCAACAACAUCAACGUCUGUCACUGGAUUCAUAAUAUAAAAUAUGUUGAAUAACAAAAACGGCGUCACGCGUAAACAGAUUUAAACGAACUAACACGAGCGACGAUUCGAACAAGCCAGAAAAAUAAAAAACUAAUAGGUAUUGAAAUCGGUUUCAUCAGGCGCUGUAACAAUGAUAACUGAUUAAUGAUUAUGUGUUUUGUUGUUGAACGUGCCGCACUCGUGGCUGCUGCGGACUUACCAUAAUACCACAUCUAUCUUUAGUUCACAGAAGCUAUGAAAAACGAACCGCACGAUGAUCAUUGCGCAUACGCAAUUCUGCUUAUUUAACAGUCUUGUGCUUAAAUCAUAUACUAUGGAUAGAGCUAUUGACUGAAUAUUUGAAGCAAACGUAACUAAGGUGAGUUGUGGCAAAUGCGCAAAAUUUAUAUUACACGCAAUUGGUCGAAUUAACGUAAUCACGUGUCAAUGUUUGAUGUUAGGUGGUACAUCAAACAUUGCCUGGUGAUAUUAUAAUGACUAUACGAUAAAUAUGUGACGAGUACUGAUACACAUGCGCAAUAGACAUCAUUCACCUUAGCACUCGUUAAUAAUGGUGUCUUCAACUCGUUUAUCGUACGCGUUUAUUAUGCAGCAGUAAUUUUAUCCAUAGUAUACGAUCUAAGGUCGCGGGUAUUUGCGUACAUACACGUGUGUGACGUGUGUGAAAUUAUUGUAUACAAGUAAAAAUUUAGAGGUGACGUUAAACGGUCGCCUCUUUAACGUCAUCGAAACGUUGUCGCCUGCUGAAAUGUCAACGUUUAUUUACGUAAUAAUUAUUUCGUGCAAUUCGUAUCGGUUUAUCGCUAUUUUUGGUGAUAAACACGGAAUGAUUUUAUACAAUAAUAAAAUAAAUGACAAUCCAUAUUAUUAAACUUCGUAAAGAACAAUUUUUUUUCAAAUAAAAUCAAUAAAUACGUUAAAAAUUAUUAACAAAAUGUGUGCUAUCGGUGAGCGAAGAAUUAUACUUGUAGAGUAUUAUUAACAACAAAUUUUUGGUUGGACACCAUCUCACUUGCUUUCCCCCCAAAGCUGCCACUGACAGUAAGUUUUUGACAUACAAACAAAAAAUGUGGAUCUAGUAUAUUAGUCACCAAAUGAGUAUACUAUUAUUAAAUUCAAUAACACUUCUCACAAUCACGAUGUCUCCACUUCAAAGACUUUAGCAUUGAAUUCAGUAAAAAAUAUUGUAUAAAGAAAAACAAAUAACGACUUAAACUCAAAACCAGGUAAAAUAGUACGUUCAACUUUACUUUCGAAGUAUGAUAAUGAAACUCUAAUGUAUUCCGAUAAAUCAUUUGUGAGCCAAUGUAUAUAGCGUGUUAGAAAACAUCAUUUUCUUAUUUUGCCUAUUACCAAAGGCGUCAUUUCAAUAUUUGCUAGGGUAGGGCGUAAUAAUGGCAGGCCUAAUAAGUAUGAAACAAGUAUUUUUUUUUCCAUUUUCUCCAUUUAUCACGGGAUCAAUAGUUGUCUCGAGUUUUGAAUUCUGAUGAAAUUAUGUAUUCCGAUUUAUCGUCUAUUAGGCAAUGUAUUUAUCGUAUUAGAAAACGUUAUUUCCUACUCUAUCUAUUACCAUUGAAGAAGAAUAGAAAACAGCUUAUGUAAAUCAAAAAAUAUAAUAUGGCUUUUAAUAAUGAACAAUUUUGUUUUGUUAACCAAGAAAAAAUAUGAUGAUAAUAACUUGAUCAGCUAAUCUUAUACUGUUAUGUAAUUCUGAAAAUGUAUUUGGUGAUGGGACUUUUCCUGAGACUCCAAAACAUUUUGUUCAGUUAUAUACACUUUAUGUGUACAAGCAAAAGUUUGAUAAAUCGGCUCAGUUUUUCUCCCCCUUGGGAACAUCGCCUAACAUACAAUUUGUAUAAAAAUGAUCAACCUAUCCGUUUUUUUUUUUUUUUUUACUAUUUAAACUGAAACUAAACUGUCGAUCGUGUAUGUAUUUGAUAACUCUUAUCAAAUGAACGAUAAUUAAUCUCAGUAUUUUGAUAAUUGAACCAUGUCUAGAAAAGUUAAUAUUAAAAAUAAUGAAACCGUUAUCACCGUAAAUGUUCCCGUUUUUAGUUUUUUCUGAUUUUUCUAAAUUAUUAUGAGAACUGUUUGGAAAAUACAAAAAAAACCUCUCCAAAGUACCAUUUAGAUCCAAAAAUAUCGUUUUUUGAUUAGAACAAGAUUUCUGGUAGAAAAGUUCACAGACACAAACAAAUUCACAUAUAUUAUUAGUAAAACCAUUUGAAUAUAAAAUUAAAUUAAGAGUAUUGAACUAUAUGUUUAGUAAACGAAUGAACUCCCGAAAUUGUUUUCAAUUAACUCCUCCGUAAAUUAGCAUUAGAUCCGCUACUGUACUUAAUUAUCAUAUUUCAUAAUAGUACACAUAUUAUAAAAUGAAACUAUGCAUAAACAACUUUAAUGUUAUAGGUUAUGUGCUAUCAGACGCGGGAUUUGACGUUUGGCUUUUCAAUUACAGAGUUACGGGAAUGUCAAAAAAAAUUAAGGAUCCGAGAACAGGAGAAAUUCCUAAACUUAGUAGUAUAAAUUGGGAUUACUGGUAAUAACAUUGCCUAUAAUGUUCUUUUAAUAGCAUAAUAUGAUAAUUAUAAACGAGUAGAUUAGAUUUGUUUAUAUUAUAAUAUAGUUUAGGUUAAUAUUAUUAAUCAUAUACUUACGAAUUACCUAGAUGUACAAUAAACUAAUAUUAAUGAGUGUAAAUCAAUAAGCAACAUUUAAAGUAUAACAGUUUAUCGAACUGAAAUACUUUCUAAAUAUUUUAGUACUGAGAACCAGUGGUGCAACUAGGGGGGCUUGUGACCCCCUCCCGCCCUAUGUUUGUGAGUUUUUUUACAAAUUUUACAUAGUGCGUAGUUACUAAUUGCAUGAUUUUCAUACCAAUUUGAAAUAUAAUGUUGUAACAUCCUGUAUGAAUAAAUGAUAACAAUUAUCAUCAUAAAAAUAAUUUUCUAUACUUAAGAGACUCGUUUAUUUUGGAAAUUUGUUUUGAUUACUUUUUAAAAACAAUAUUGCUUAGUCGCCUACAAAGCAAAUAGCGUAAUUAACCCAUUUUUCGGCAUUUCCCAUCACUUUUCAAAGUGUUUAAGGUUGAAUGAGGCCAUAAAGAAACAUAAUUGUUGGUUGUGACGCCAAUGAAAAUCCUCAAUUAAUCCACGAUCAACCUUUUAACAAUCAACGCGUGACUUUAUGGGCCGGAGUUUUUGUGAAAACAAUCAUUCGACCGUUCUUUUUCGAAGGAGAUGCUGGAGCAGCCGUAUCCAUCAAUGGAGAGCGUUACCGGGCCAUAAUAAUGGAUAUUUUGUUUCCAUUUCGGACUGAUAAUGACCAUUGAUUUCAAUAGGAUGGCACCACAGCUCAUACAGCUCGAACCACGAUUGCUUUAUUGCGACCUAUGUUCAUCGGACGCUUAAUUUCAAGAAAUGGUGAUUUCAAGUGACCUCCACGAUCACCCGACUUAACGCCUCCAGACUUUUUCCUGUGGAGUUAUUUAAAGUCUAGAUUUUAUGUCAAGAAGCCAUGGACCCUAGAAGCGUUGAAAGAUAAUACAUGAUAAAAAAUAACCGCUAUUCAGCCAGAAACACUUCAAAAAGUGAUGGAAAAUGCCAAAAAACGAGCACAUCACGCCAUUCGCUCUGAAGAAAACCAUUUACACAAUAUUAUUUUUAAAAAGUAAUCAAACUAUUUUCUAUGUCUAAAUAAAUGAAAAAUAAUUAAAAAUUAAUAAUUUGUGUUUUUUUUUUUUUUUUUAAUUAAUUAAUUAUUAUCAAAUAAUAUCCCGAAGAUUUAAACGGCUUACCAUUUACCUUUGAGUAAAGUAUAUUUCAUUACAUAAUUAAUAUAAAUCUAAAUUAUUUUCCAAUAUACGUUGUCUAUAAAUAAAAGUUAAACAAUUUAAAGAUUUUACUCAUUAUCCUAAUUAAACCCUACUCUCCCUAUCUCACCAACCAACAUCUGAAAUUGAUUUUUUUUUUCAAAUUCAUAAAACUCCCUCCGAAAAUAAAUCCAGGUUGCGCCACUACUAACAAAUUUUGGUUUUAUGACAUUUCUAUAAAUUAAACUAAAUUAACAGUGUACCAUAAUAUUUAACUCCAUUAGACUUAGUUAUAUAUUUAAUAAGAAUUAGUUCCUUAUUAUAUUAGAGUACACCAGAAACCAAAACCAUAAAUAAUUAUAAAAUUAAUCAAGCUGUCAAAUAAAUAACUUUAAUAAAUUACGUGAACAAUGUUAGUUUUCAUUUACGAUUAACAAUUAUUACUAUUAUUUUAGUGAAUCAUAUUAAUUUUAUUCAGUAUAAAAAACUCAAAACAUAUUGUUUAUUUAAUUUUUUGCAUAAUAGUAACUACAAUGGAACUUUUUAAUAAUAUAAGUGUUAAUUUGAUAAUCAAUUUGUUUUUUUUUUUUAAAGUUUUCACGAGUUUGGUGUGUAUGAUUUACCAGCUGCCAUUGACCUUGUUAUAUCUGUAACUGGGCAUUCAAAAGUGGACGUUGGUGGUGUUUCUCUAGGUGGAACCAUUCCUCUAAUUACGCUGGCUGAGAGACCUGAAUAUAAUAAGAAAAUUAGAAAUUUAAUCCUCAUGGCACCAGCCACAAGAAUAACGUCUGCGUAUAAAGGCAUACAAUAUUACUUUAUUAGAAAAGCUGUUCAGAGAUUCUUGGUAAUUACAUAUUUUUGAACUUAAACUGUAAAUCAAUUUUGUUUAGUGUUUUUUAUCAUAUCUGAAAUCUGUAUUAUGAAUUUUCCCUAUACAAUUUGCAGAUUUCAAUAAAUAACCAUACGAAUUUACAAUUUCAACAAAUAACUAUACAAAUUCAGAGUUGCAUCUACAUAAUAAUAAAUAUCUUCUAUUAUAAUUGAAUCAUGAAUGUUUACCAUUUAUGUAUUGUUACUAUUAUUUUAAUAUUUGAUUUCACUAAACAUUAUUUGAAACAUUUAAAACAUCUAAUAAAUAUUUAAUUUUGAAGUUUAUAACAUUUAUUUAUUUUCAGUCUACAAGAUUUAUCAUUAUAUAGUCGUCAUGUUAUUAAAUAAAAACAAAAUACAAUUUAAACUUAAUAACGCGUUUCUAAUUAUUAUUAUCGAUGAAAUUUAUAAAUGAGUAAUGUAUUAUACUGCAUACUUUUUAGAAAACAAACAUCAAAACUCGUUACAUAUCACUUAACAAAGACCCUGAUAAUAUUCCAACUGGACAAUUAUGUAAGAUAAAAAUUUUUGGAUUCAUUUGCGUUUAUUCAUUGAACAUUUUACAAGGAUUUAAUAAUCCACUUCACAUAGUAUGUAUUUUAUGUAUAACAACAUCCCAUUUUAUGAUUUAUUGUGUAUUGUUUAUAAUGUAUUAUUUUUAUAUUAUUCAUUUUUUAGAAAAUACAAAUUUACAUUUAUUUUAUCUUUGCUUAUAGGAACCUGUUAUAGAUGUGUUCACCACUUAUCCUCAACCUACAUCGAUGAAAACAAUUAAACAUUAUUUCCAAUUAUUGUUAUCAGGUAAAAUUGUAUUAACUAUGGUUAACUAAUUAGCCAUAGAAUUAUCUUAAAUCUUAAUUCAAAUUGACCUGAUACAUAUAGUACCUAUGCGUUAAAAUGGAAAAUCAGAAAUAUUAAAGAAAAAUGGCAAAACAGCAAACAUAAUAAUUAAAAUAGAAUAGGAAUUUUAAAAUAAUUUAAUUGAACAUUAAAAUUAAGGAAUGCAAUUAAUCAAUAUUUUUUUAUGGGUAUUAGUUUCUUAAUCAAAUUGAAUAAAAUCAUUGACAACUUUGAACUUGUACAAUUUUUAAAAAUUUAGAAAAUGUUAUCAACUUUUUGAAUCGACAAACUUUAAAUCUUUUUUUUUAUCUACUAUUGUAUUUUGUUUAUAUUUUCAGCUCUAUUAUUAUAAAGUUUUUACCUACAAUUAGGCAUACAUUUUGAAUAAUUGAGUUUUAGGUAUAUAACAAACAACUAAAAAUGACUAUUCUAACUAUCGAUAUUGUUUUACCUUUGUAUUUCAGAAGAUGUAAACAUCCUAAAAGUUCAAAUUUACAAACAACCUAAAUAACUAAUUAGUCCUUACUGGAUUUAAAAUUGUUCACAAUGUAUUUGUGUUUUUAAAUGUCAGACACAUUUAUAUUUGGAUUUAUUUAAAUGAAUAUGUUUGUUCAUAAACAAAAUUAAUUUUAAUUUAUAAUUUAUUUAUAGGUCGUUUUACUAAUUAUGAUUAUGGAGCAAUUGGAAAUAUGGUGCAUUAUAAUUCUAUAAAUCCUCCAGAGUAUAACAUAACAAAUAUCACUGCUCCAGCAAUUAUUAUGUAUUCGAAAAUGGAUAAUCUUGUACCUCCUUCGGUAAAUAAAACUUUUAUGUAAAUUUAACUAAAAUAUAGGUUAUAACUUUAUAGAUGUACAAUGUACAUUUUACUUACUGUACAAAAAUGAAAUUAAAAUGUAUAGUUUUUUUUUUUUAAUACUCAAAUAUAUAAUCUAUUGAUUUACCACAAUAUUAGUAUUAUAUUAAUAUUGUUAAUUUGAAUUUUUAAUUUCAGGAUAUUAAAUGGUUAUUGGAUAAUUUACCCAAUGUUAAAGAUACUCUUUACAUAGAUAACAUACCAUUCAGCCAUCAGUCUUUUGUAAUGGAUAAAAAUUCGCAUUUAAUUAUUGGCCCAUACAUCGUGAAACAAUUGUCAAAAAAUACCUAG